AGCAGCUAGAAAUUGAAUGGAUGUAAAAGAGGGCAUUGCUAGUAAAACCAAUCUAGAGAGACUGAAAGCAGUUCAUCAUCAGGCGAUCAGAGAGUGCCGUCAGGAGAUCGACAGAUGGUAGGGACAACAAAGACUUUCAUUAGUUAGUAAUAGGAACAAAUUUAAAGCAGACUAUGAAGCUGUUCAGUCUCGUUUGGCAGUUUUACCACAACAAUUAAAAUAUGAUGUCAUGGUACCUCUUGGUCGUCAUGCCCUCAUGCCUGGUCAACUAGUUCACACCAAUGAGGUGCUGGUGUCACUUGGAGAUAACUGGUUUGCUCACUGCUCUGCACAACAGUCAGUUGACAUUAUUGGAAGGAGAUUACAGUAUGUCACUGAGCAACUUAAGAAACUUGCAAGUCAGCUGAAAGAUCUUGAAGCACGAGCAAACUUUGCUGCUGAUAUUAAUGAGACAUUAGAAGGAGGAUUUAUGGAAAUCAGAGAAGAAUGUCCAGAAGAGGAGCAACAUGAUAAUUUAGUUAGAAGAUCAAGGCACAAGAUUAGGCACCCGAAACAAGAGCCUUGUGGACAAAAAGAUCACGUUGAUGUCAUGGCACAUUUAGAUGAACUAGAAAAGGCAGAGAGGCAGUCUAAGGACGAGCAAGAAACACAAGAACAGGAGACUGAUCAUCUACAUGACAGAUCUGUUGCCCAAUGUAACCCUGAAGUGGUUACACUUCCAACAAGUAGGAUAAAUGACAAGAAACAGACGUCAAGGUCUUGUUCAGUCAUUACGUUUCGACAUACUCCAGUGGAUCAGCCAAAUCUAAGCAGUACUGAUGUGGUUGACUGUGACAUAUCUCCUGGCAACAUUGUGAAACUUCACAGCAGCACAGUUGAAAAACUUAACCAAACCGAAGAAAAAUUCUCUUCCAACCGGCAUGUCUCAUCGCGUGUAAGCAAACAUGUUCGCUUUGCUGACGAUUCAAGCAGCAAUGUUGCAGAAAACUCUUCAAAACCAGAAGAAACAAGGGCUGUAAGAACAAGUCGGCUGCCAUUUACUGGAGUGAUUGUAGAGAAACAGACAACAAACUCAAAAGAAACAAUUGGUACAAAGCAGCCUGCUAGGGAGUCAGCAUUCAAACGGUCAAGACAAACUAACGAUAGCUAGUACUUUAGCUUACAAUUUGUGUUAUAAAAAUCGUUGCAUUCUUCAUAGAUAGUGAACCACUUCUUGC